AUGGCUCUCAAGACGACGAUGAAGCAGGGCGGGACGGGGCUGUUCGGGACCGGGCUCUUCAAGAAGGCCGAGGGCGGCAAGCCCGCCACCCUCUCCAAGAAGGCCGGCACGGCCAAGAAGGCGCCCCCGAAGAAGGCCGCCCCCAAGCCGGUGUUCAAGGCCAAGAAGACGGGCACGACGACCACCCGCACCUCGGGCACCGGUGGCGUGGGCUACCGCAAGUUCGAGGGCCGCCCGACCUGGAUCCCCAACGCGGACAUCCCUGAGUGGCUCGACGGCUCGCUCCCCGGCGACCGCGGCUUCGACCCCCUGUCGCUCGGCAAGCCGGUCGAGUACCUGCAGAUCGACGUCGACGAGCUGGACCAGAACGCGGCCGUGAACAAGCCCGGCCAGGUGGUCGGCACUUUCCAGCCCCAGGCGGAGAAGGUUUCGUCGGAGAACAAGCUGCAGCCGUACGACGAGGUGUUUGGCCUGGAGCGCUUCCGGGAGUGCGAGCUCAUCCACGGGCGCUGGGCGAUGCUCGCGGCGCUGGGCGUGAUCGUCGCGGAGUCGGCGACGGGCGUGUCCUGGGCCGAGGCCGGCAAGGUGGAGCUGGACGGCGCGAAGUACCUCUCGUUCGACCUCCCCUUCUCGAUCUCCCAGCUGUGCUGGAUUGAGGCCAUCCUCAUGGGCGGCGUGGAGAUCUACCGCUCGACGGAGCUCGACACCACCAAGCGCUGCUACCCCGGCGGCGUGUUCGACCCCCUCGGCCUCGCCGGCCCCGACGCGGACCCCGAGAAGGCCUUCCGCCUGAAGGAGGCCGAGAUCAAGCACGCGCGCCUGGCCAUGGUGGCCUUCUUCGGCUUCGGCGUGCAGUACCUUACGACGGGCGAGGGCGCGUUCGGCUCGCUCGCCAAGUUCUCGGCGACGCUCUAA